UCCAAAUUUGAGUUGCUGCUAUGUCUUCUCCAUCCAAGAGUGGAUCCAGUUAUGGUGAAGAAGAUAGUGAGCUAAGAAGAGGGCCAUGGACCCUUGAAGAAGACACUCUUCUCAUCCAUUACAUUUCUCAUCAUGGUGAAGGUCGUUGGAAUCUCUUAGCUAGAUGUUCAGGAUUGAAGAGAACUGGCAAGAGUUGCAGAUUAAGAUGGUUGAAUUAUUUGAAACCGGAUGUGAAGCGUGGAAACCUUACUCCAGAAGAGCAGCUUGUGAUUCUUGAACUCCAUUCCAAGUGGGGUAACAGGUGGUCUAAGAUUGCACAACAUCUACCUGGAAGAACUGAUAAUGAAAUCAAGAACUAUUGGAGAACAAGGGUGCAGAAACAAGCAAGGCAUCUUAAGAUUGAUGAGAAUAGCACAAGGUUUCGUGAUGCCAUCAGAUGCUUUUGGAUGCCCAGGUUACUCCAGAAGAUGGAAGAAGAAGCUCUUUCUUCUUCCUCAGCCAUGGAAACUCAAAGCUCUGAUCCCCCAAUGUCUCAACUACUCAAUCAAGCCCUUCAGGCAUCACCAACCCCACUUGAACAAGGACCUCUCAUCAUAAGUGAACCAAUAACCAUGAGUUUCAAUGAUGAUAACAAGAAGAAUCCAAGCUCAGGAGAUUUGAACAGCACUAGCCCAAUAAGCAUCUCUUCUUCACAUUCCAUGAAUAUUUCUCAAUUCCCUCAACAAAUUUCAGAGAUACCAACAAGCCCAUAUGAAUUUGGGAACAAUAACCCAUUACUAAAGGGGUGUUACUAUGUGGACAACAGUGGUUAUGACAUGGGGGCCUUCAAUAACCUGUCUUCUUCCAUGUCAACUCUUGGGGAACUUGACAACUCAGCCUCCCAUUGCCACAUGUCUGAAAACAACUGGAUCAUCCAUGGUGAUGUGGCAGAUAAUCUAUGUAACAUGGAUGAUUUAUGGUAGAUCAGACACAUUGUUACAAACAAGACAGAGGCAUCUUAGUAUGUAUCUUUUGUUAUCUGAUGUCCUACUGAUGAUUAAGAUGCAACUUGGGUUUGUUAUUUUCAAA